AUGACGUCUCUAGCAAACAACGAAGACGAAUACGUUCCACCCAAGGUUUGGAAGGUCGAUGGUGAGAAUGGUGGAAAAUUUGCAUCCAUCAAUAGUCCGACGGCAGGUGCUAGAGAAACUAAGGAACUGCCCAAAGGAAAGCAUCCUCUUCAAUUGUACAGUUUGGGAACUCCCAAUGGUCAGAAAGUUACCAUUUUCCUUGAAGAGAUGUUGCUAUUGGGCAACAAGGAGGCCGAAUACGAUGCUUGGCUCAUUAAUAUUGGAGAAGGAGAUCAAUUCGGAUCAGACUUUGUGGAUUUGAACCCCAAUUCCAAGAUUCCCGCCCUUUUGGAUACUACCACCGAUACUCGAAUGUUUGAAAGUGGUUCCAUUUUGCUACAGUUGAGUGAGAAAUUUGAUAAUGCCUUUUUGCCGAAAGAGAUGCGCAGUGAGGUCUUGAAUUGGCUCUUUUGGCAAAUGGGAAGUGCUCCGUACGUGGGAGGUGGCUUCGGUCACUUUUACGCCUACGCGCCCUACAAGAUGAAGUACCCUAUCGAUCGCUUUACCAUGGAGACGAAACGUCAAUUGGACGUUCUCGAAAAGCAACUCAUCAAGACGAACAAGUUCAUUGCAGGAGAUCAGUACACCCUGGCAGACAUUGCCAUUUGGCCCUGGUAUGGGAGCUUGGUUUUGGGAAAUGUGUAUCCCAAUUCAGAAGUCUUUUUGAAUUGCGAAGAAGACUAUCCCAAUGUCCUUCGAUGGGCCAAAGAAGUCAUGGCUCGACCUGCCGUCAAUCGAGGAAAGCGUGUCAACAAGAGCUGGGGCGAAGAAGGCGAAAAUUUGAAGGAACGCCACGAUGCCUCGGACUUUGACGCCUUGACCAAUUUGUAA